AUGACUCAUGAGUCAUCGCCGGUGACUCAGCGCUCGAGCGAUCUAGAGCUGUGUGGAGCUCGCUGGAAUAUUCGGGAACGUGAUUCUGUGACUUUUGUGCGCGGUAUAAAGACUUUAAAAGAAGCAAUUAUUGAGAGAAAUAAACAUAAACUACCUAAAUACUUUGACUUCUGUGAACGCUCAUAUUGUCGAAAAUUGUACGCUAUAGCGUACUAUAGUAAAAUUGCAGCAGCAAAACGUCGCCUUGAAGAGACUGGACCUUCAACGUCAUCAACUGUACCUCGUAAAAAAGGGAAUGAUGGGGUUGAUUUUAAAAUAUUGUGCUUAUUUUGUGGUGAAGUCGCAGAUGAGGCAACAAAGGCAAAAAAAUCUGCAAAUGAUGAUGAGAAUGAGUCUGAAAUUGCUGGCCAACCUGAAGAAGACGAGGAUGAAGAAGAUAAAGAUUAA